UUUUCUUUCAGGAAUUGUUUCAUCAUGAGAAAUCUUAAGUUAUUUCGGACCCUGGAGUUCAGGGAUAUUCAGGCUCUGGGGAAACCUCAGUGCUUCUCUCUCCGAACUGAACAGAAGACAGUGCUCAUUGGCUCAGACCAUGGACUGAUAGAAGUAGACCCUGUCACAAGAGAAGUGAAAAAUGAGAUUUCUUUAGUGGCUGAAGGCUUUCUUCCAGAGGAUGGAAGUGGCUGCAUUGUUGGUAUUCAGGACUUGCUGGAUCAGGAGUCUGUGUGUGUGGCCACAGCCUCUGGAGAUGUCAUACUCUGCAGUCUCAGCACAUGCCAUCUGGAAUGCGUUGGGAGUGUAGCCAGUGGUAUCUCUGUCAUGAGUUGGAGUCCUGACCAAGAGCUCGUGCUUCUUGCUACAGGUCAGCAGACCCUAAUUAUGAUGACAAAAGACUUUGAACCGAUCAUGGAACAGCAGAUCCACCAGGAUGAUUUUGGUGAAAGCAAGUUUAUCACUGUUGGGUGGGGCAGGAAGGAGACGCAGUUCCAUGGAUCAGAAGGCCGGCAAGCAGCCUUUCAGGUGCAAACGUACGAGUCGGCUUUGCCCUGGGAUGACCAUAGACCACAAGUGACAUGGCGUGGUGAUGGCCAGUUUUUUGCUGUGAGUGUUGUUUGCCCAGAGACAGGAGCCCGGAAGGUCAGAGUAUGGAGCCGAGAGUUUGCUUUGCAGUCAACCAGUGAGCCUGUGGCCGGACUGGGACCAGCUCUGGCUUGGAAGCCCUCAGGUAGUUUGAUUGCAUCUACACAAGAGAAACCCAAUCAGCAGGAUAUUGUGUUUUUUGAGAAAAAUGGCCUUCUUCAUGGACAUUUUACGCUUCCUUUCCUCAAAGAUGAGGUUAAGGUAAAUGGCCUGCUCUGGAAUGCAGAUUCCACUGUGCUUGCAGUUUGGCUGGAAGACCUUCAGAGGGAAGAAAAUUGCACUCUAAAAACCUAUGUGCAACUCUGGACUGUGGGCAACUAUCACUGGUAUCUCAAGCAGAGUCUGCCCUUCAGCACCUGCGGGAAGAGCAAGCUCGUGUCUCUGAUGUGGGACCUGGUGACCCCGUCCCGGCUGCAUGUUCUCUGUCAGGGCUGGCAUUACCUCUGCUACGACUGGCGCUGGACGACUGACCGGAGCUCGGGAGAGAGUUCCAGUGACCUGGCAAACGUGGCUGUCAUUGAUGGAAACAGGGUAUUGGUGACAGUCUUCCGACAGAGUGUGGUUCCACCUCCCAUGUGCACCUAUCAACUGCUGCUCCCACACCCUGCAAAUCAAGUCAUGUUCUCUGCACACCCCCAAAAGAGUAAUGACCUUGCAGUCCUAGACGCCAGUAACCAGAUUUCUGUUUAUAAAUGUGGUGAUAGUCCAACUGUGGACCCUACAGUGAAGCUGGGAGCUGUAGGUGGAAAUGGAUUUAAAGUUUCUCUUAGAACACCUCAUCUGGAAAAGAGAUACAAAAUUCAGUUUGAGAAUGGUGAAGGUCAAGAAGUAAACCCACUGAAGCUCAGCCUUCUCACCUGGAUUCAGGAAGACGUUUUCCUGGCUGUAAGUCACAGUCAGUCCAGCGCACAGUCUGUCAUUCACCAUCUGACUGUGGCCCCUUCUGAGACGGAUGACGAGCACGGACAGCUCAAUAUUAGUUCAUCUGUGACAGUGGAUGGAGUCAUAAUCAGUCUGUGUUGCAAUUCCAAGACCAAGUCAGUAGCAUUGCAGCUGGCUGGUGGCCAGAUACUUAAGUACUUUUGGGAGUCACCCUCUCUGGCUGUUGAACCAUGGAAGAACCCCAGUGGAUUUCCUGUUCGGUUUCCUUAUGCAUGCACACAGACAGAAUUGGCCAUGAUUGGAGGAGAGGAAUGUGUCCUUGGUCUGAGCGACAGGUGUCGUUUUUUCAUCAAUGACACUGAGGUUGCUUCGAAUAUUACAUCAUUUGCAGUAUAUGGUGAAUUUUUGUUGUUGACAACCCAUUCCCAUACCUGCCAGUGUUUUUGCUUGAGAGAUGCUUCAUUUAACACAUUACAUGCAGGUCUGAGCAUCAGCCAUCUGUCUAAAGGGGAGUCUCUGCGGAAGGUGGAGAGGGGUUCACGUAUUGUCACCGUUGUUCCCCAGGACACAAAGCUUAUAUUACAGAUGCCAAGGGGAAACUUAGAAGUUGUUCAUCAUCAAGCUCUGGUUUUAGCUCAGAUUCGGAAGUGGCUGGACAAACUGAUGUUUAAGGAAGCAUUUGAAUGCAUGAGGAAACUGAGAAUUAAUCUAAAUCUGAUUCAUGACCACAACCCUAAGGUGUUUCUUGAAAAUGUGGAAACCUUCAUAAGACAGAUAGAUUCUGUAAAUCAUAUUAAUUUGUUUUUCACAGAAUUGAAGGAAGAGGAUGUUACAAAGACCAUGUAUCCUCCACCAGUUACCAGCACUAACACUGUCCAGCCGUCCAAGGAUCCUGAUGGGAAAAAAGUAGACCUUGUCUGUGACGCUCUGAGAGCAGCCAUGGAGAGCAUAAACCCCCACAAGUACUGCCUGUCCAUACUCACCUCUCACGUGAAGAAAACAGCCCCAGAGCUGGAGAUUGUGCUGCAGAAGGUACACGAGCUUCAAGGCAGUACUCCACCUGUUCCUGAUGCUGUGAGUGCUGAAGAGGCCCUGAAGUAUCUGCUGCUUCUGGUAGAUGUUAAUGAGUUAUAUGAUCAUUCUCUCGGGACCUAUGACUUUGAUUUGGUCCUCAUGGUAGCUGAGAAGUCACAGAAGGAUCCCAAAGAAUAUCUUCCAUUUCUUAAUACACUUAAGAAAAUGGAAACCAAUUAUCAGCGGUUCACCAUAGACAAAUACCUGAAACGAUAUGAAAAAGCCAUUGGCCACCUCAGCAAAUGUGGACCUGAAUACUUCCCAGAAUGCUUAAACUUAGUAAAAGAUAAAAACUUGUAUAAGGAAGCUCUGAAGUUAUAUCCGUCAGACUCGCAGCAGUACAAGGAUAUCAGCAUUGCUUACGGGGAGCACCUGACACAGGAGCGCCUCUUCGAGCCAGCUGGGCUUGUGUUGGCCCGCUGUGGCGCCCACGAGAAAGCGCUCGAUGCCUUUCUGGCUAGUGGUAGCUGGCGGCAAGCUGUCUGCACGGCGGCCCAGCUGGACCUGACCAAAGACCAGCUGGCUGGCCUCGGCAGAACUCUGGCAGGAAAGCUGGUUGAGCAGAGGAAGCACAGUGAUGCAGCCACAGUCUUGGAACAGUAUGCCCAGGAUUACGAAGAAGCUGUGCUCUUAUUAUUAGAAGGAGCUGCCUGGGAAGAAGCUCUGAGACUGGUAUACAAAUAUAACAGACCAGAUAUAAUAGAAACCAACAUAAAGCCUUCCAUUUUAGAAGCCCAGAAGAAUUAUAUGGCACUUCUGGACUCUCAGACAGCCACAUUCUGUCGCCAUAAAAAGCGUUUAUUGGUGGUUCGAGAGCUCAAGGAGCAGGCGCAGCAGGUGAAUCUGGAUGAUGAGGUGCCCCAGGGUCAAGAGUCAGACCUCUUCUCUGAAACUAGCAGUGUCAUGAGCGACAAAUAUUCCCAUAGCAACUCCAGGAUAUCAGCGCGAUCAUCUAAGAAUCGCCGCAAAGCAGAGCGGAAGAAGCAUAGCCUCAAAGAAGGGAGUCCGCUGGAGGAUCUGGCCCUUUUGGAGGCACUCAGUGAAGUUGUACAGAGCACUGAGAAAUUGAAAGAUGAAGUAUACCAUAUUUUAAAGGUGCUCUUUCUCUUUGAGUUUGAUGAGCAAGGAAGGGAAUUACAGAAGGCCUUUGAAGAUACCCUCCAGCUGAUGGAAAGGUCACUUCCAGAAAUUUGGACUCUCUCUCACCAGCAGAAUUCAGCUACACCUGUUCUAGGUCCCAGUUCGACUGUAAAUAGUAUCAUGGCCUCUUAUCAACACCAGAAGACUUCAGUUCCUGUUCUUGAUGCUGAGCUUUUUAUACCCCCAAAGAUCAACAAAAAGACCCAGUGGAAACUGAGCCUUCUAGAGUGACUGACGGUUUUCCUUUCACUCUCUCCUUGGGGCCUGGCUGUCGGGAACUGGGAAGAGUAAGACAAUGAACUACCUUAGCAGUGUGGAGAGCUGCUCUAUACAGCGGACCUAAGCAGACACCAAGCAGUUCUGCCUUAUUUGGGGUAUAAUUUUAAUUAGCAAAAGGUUAAGCUUUAACCAGUAUUGCAUCAUUUUGUAAGAAUUACUGUUCUUUUGUUUAGUGCUGUUUGAGAGCAUAUUUCUGGUAUUUAUCGUAAUCAGAAGAUUGGCUUUCAUUCCCGGCUGCCAGUCUGAUUCAUUUUGGGACCUUCGACAAGUCACGUAAUUAAUCGAUUUGUGCCUCAGUUAAUUGGGAAUAAUGUUUCAUGGCUUCUACCUCAAAAGUGUGAGGAAAAGAAAAUAAUGUUUUUUUAAAUAUUUUAUGUUCCGGCAGGAGAGCAUUAUAUAUAAACAAUGUUGGCUAUUCGUGCUACCAACAAUUGGUGAAAUUUAAUCACUUAAAUGACUUCUUCACCUUGAACUAAAGCAGAAUAAAAAGCUAAAUAUAUCCUUUGAAAUUCUAAGCUUUCCUUUGCUGACAGCUGUUAUUUUAUAAUAUCUUACCAGGUCCUCUGCUUCCAGUUAUAACGGCAUUGAGUUCCUAUCACUAGUGUCCAUAGGGACUAUUUUUACUGCCUGUGAAUUUUCUGCUAGGGAUUUAGCAGUGUUAGAGCUGGAACGGAUUAGAAUUUCUGAAACAGUAUUGUGCACAUUUGGUAUGGUGAACAGUGUGCACAAUUGUAAGUUAUUCCUUUUUUCUCCAAGUAAUUGCUGCUUUUAACUAAAAGGUUUUUGUCAGUGUCAAGGCCAUUUCAUUUAUUUUUCUUUAUGGUGCUUCACUGACUUCUGUCUUUUAGUUAUUUUCUCUGGAAAAAAUGAGAAUGUUUUCUCUUUUUGGUGAGUCUAGAAAAAGCUCAAUUCAUUUUGACAACAGUUAUGUGGCUGAUUCUUGGGUAAGGUUAAAAAUUUCUUCCAUGCCUCUAAUACCAGAACCAGACGUUCAUGACUGUACAUAAACGAAAAUACUGCCUCUGAUCCGUGGAGUAUAGAUAUGCCCAGAAUUGUAAUUAAAUUUGUUCCCUAAAUAGCAAAAUGUUAACUAUAGAAUCUAGGUGUGUUUGCUUGUAUAAUUAAGCUUCUCUGCGUGUCUGAAAAUUUUUACAAAAUAGUAGGAAAAAAAAAGAAGGUAUUUCCUGCCUUGUAGAAAUCUACUUUUUGAUUUAUACCCGUGAUGGAUUUGCUAUAAUUAAGUGCCCCACACUGAAAGGCUGAAUGUGCUUUGUGACUACUCUUUGACCUGGGUAAAUGAACAUACGGCAUUUUAAUAUAUUAUAGUGCUCUUGCUAUGGAUAAUGUUACCCAUGCCUGAUGGAUUGGAAAUAGAAGUAAAUGUGUCUGUUGAUACUUGUGUGACUUUUCAUAGAUGUUCCAUUUCCUUGAGAUGAUGUUACUAUCAAUUACUAUCUAU